AUAGCCAACAAAACAUCAGUGUCCAAUUUUCUAUUGAUGGAGUUCUCUAAAAUGCGAGAACUGCAGAUUUUACACUUGGUUGCAUUCUUAAUUUUAUACUUGGCAAUCAUGACUGGGAAUCUUCUCAUUGUCUUCGCUGUAAUUUUUGAUCACCGUCUCCACACUCCCAUGUACUUCUUCCUGAUGAACUUGGCUAUCCUGGACCUUGGCUCAAUUUCUGUAACCAUGCCCAAAUCCAUGGUUAAUUCCUUCUUCAAUACCAGGUUGAUUUCUUAUUCUGGGUGUGUUGCACAGGUUUUCUUCCUUUUAGUCUUUGUAGCAUCUGACUUAGCCCUUCUUACAGUAAUGGCAUAUGAUCGAUAUGUUGCCAUUUGCAAUCCCUUACGCUAUGAGACAAUAAUGAACAAAGGUGCUUGCAUACAAAUGGUUGUCAGUGCAUGGAUCAGUGGUCUCCUGUAUGGAGUGAUACAUUCUGGUAGUACUUUUGCCAUCACAUUUUGCUCCAAUGUUGUUGAUCGGUUCUUCUGUGAAAUCCCACAGUUACUAAAAUUGUCCUGCUCUAACUUAUAUUUAGUUGAAGGUGGAGUUCUUCUGUUCAGCAUUAGUGUAGUGCUGGGCUGCUUCAUUUUCAUCAUUGCAACCUAUGUGCAGAUCUUUAGUACUGUACUGAAGAUGCCUUCUGGACAGGGCAGACAAAAGGCCUUCUCUACUUGCCUUCCCCAUCUCAUUGUCAUCUCCAUGUUUGUAUUCACAGGAUGCUUUGCCUAUGUUAGGCCCUCCUCCAAAUCCCCAUCAGCUAUAGAUUUGAUAUUUUCUUUCAUAUAUUCCAUUGUUCCACCCAUGAUGAAUCCACUGAUCUAUAGUAUGAGAAACAAGGAGAUCAAGAUUGCUCUGUGGAAGCUGUUGGAUCUAAAACAUUCUGCUAAGAAUGACUUUUCUAGAUUUCUUCAAUGA